GGUAAGGUGAGAGAGAGAGAGAAAAGAUAUGGCUAUGGCGGGAGGAGGAGCUUCUCUGCAUUUAAUUAACCCCAAGCCCACAAUUCCACCAAUGGCUUGUGCUCCAGGAACCAUACAACUUCCGGAGAAGAUCCGGAACUCGAAGGUCUUGGUACUUGGCGGAACGGGUCGGGUCGGAGGAUCCACUGCCAUUUCUCUCUCCAAGCUCUGCCCCGACCUUCGCAUUCUCAUUGGCGGUCGAAACAGGGAUAAGGGAGCUGCUAUGGUGGCUACUCUUGGUGGGAACUCAGAGUUUGCUGAAGUUGAUAUUGACAAUGUUAAUUCAUUGGAAGCAACUCUGAAUGAUUGUGAUCUUGUUGUACAUGCUGCUGGGCCAUUUCAACAAACACAUAAGUGUUCUGUCUUAGAAGCUGCCAUAAACACAAAGACAGCCUAUGUAGACGUUUGUGAUGAUACAUCUUACGCUCAACUUGCUAAAACCUUCAAGGACAGAGCUGUUGCUGCAAAUGUACCAGCUAUUACAACCGGUGGAAUUUAUCCUGGAGUGAGCAAUGUAAUGGCAGCAGAACUAGUUCGUCUAGCAAGAAGUGAAAACAAAUUAGAACCAGAAAGACUAAGAUUCUACUAUUACACAGCCGGUACUGGUGGGGCUGGUCCAACUAUAUUAGCCACUAGCUUUUUGCUACUUGGAGAGGAGGUGGUUGCUUAUAAUAAAGGAAAAGAGAUCAAACUAAAGCCAUAUACUGGAAUGCUCAACAUUGAUUUUGGAAGGGGCAUUGGAAAGAGAGACGUUUAUCUGUUGAAUCUGCCUGAGGUUAAAAGUGCUCAUGAAAUCCUAGGAAUACCGACUGUCAGUGCUCGAUUUGGAACUGCACCAUUCUUUUGGAAUUGGGGGAUGGAGGCCAUGACAAGUCUUCUCCCUAUGGAGUAUUUCAGAGACAAAAACAAAGUUCAACAGUUGGUUCAACUUUUCGAUCCCAUAGUUCGAGCGCUUGAUGGGUUCGCUGGAGAGAGAGUCUCAAUGAGAGUUGAUUUGGAGUUUCCAAAUGGGCGCAAUACUAUUGGGUUAUUCAGUCACAAAAGUCUCUCUGUUUCAGUUGGAACUGCAACUGCUGCAUUUGCUCUUGCUGUUCUGGAGGGAAGUACAAAGCCUGGGGUGUGGUUUCCAGAAGAGCCUGAAGGAAUUGCUGUGGAGGCAAGGGAAGUUCUUCUCAAACGCGGUUCACAAGGAACAUUCAAUUUUGUUAUGAACAAACCAGCUUGGAUGGUGGAAACAAACCCAAAGGAGCUUGGUUUAGGCAUAUACGUAUAAGGUUCUGAAAAGAAUCACUAGUAGUCUCCUUCAGCUCAUCCACUACCAUUCUCCAUGGUGGUGGAAGUUUAAAACCUUCUUAAAGAGGUUUCCCCAUUUUACACAACCAUAAUUGUUAGGAGAGAAAAAUAUGCAAUUUUUCAAACACUAUUAUAUAUAUAAAUUUAUAUAUAUAUAUAUAUAUAUAUAUAUAUAUGACUUGAAAGAUGGUUAUAAACAUAUACAUCGAUAAUAUACUUCAAGAAAUGUAUUUCUAAGAUAAAGAAACUUGAAUGGAAAUGAAAGGAGAAAUAUUUCAUUCAAA